GAUGUGCAAGUCAGAAAGACGGUGUGGAAAGACAGACCAAUAGGGAGAGACACGGCUCAUUAAGCUGCAGAGUAAAUGUAAUAAUGAAACAGAGUGAAAACAGAGGAAAGGUCAAGAGAAGAGAGGAGUGACAGAGCAAAAUGGAGAACUAACAGCAACACAAGUACCAGAAGGAGUGAGAAGGAUGGAGAAAAGGGCUGGAAUUCUAUGCAUCUGGAUGUGAGGGGGAGCUCUAAGUAUUCAUCAAAACACCUCUAAUGACGUAUUGUACUUAACUUCUGGGAUCUUUGAUGGAGAUUGAGAUUGUGAUGAACACUUAGCAGAAACAUGGGAGAUGGAUGUUCUGAGCUAAGGAGAAAAGCUGAAAGCCUGCUGGUAAAUGGAUAUGACUGCACUCGAUGACUAUCCAUCCAGACUCUUUACUGUUAAUAAAGGGCAACUAAAGGGACCAUAUAUUCAAAGUAAAAAGUGACGCAUAUAACAUUAAGUCAAUGCACUCUAAUUAUUGACUGUUAAGAUAGUUUGGAAAAAAAAAAAACUUAAAAGCCUGUGGUUGCCAAUUGGGUGUUGAUGUAAGUACUUGGGAAGUGCAAAUCAAAUCAAUGGGGAAGCAGAGACUACUUGGAAGAAACUAUUAUCAGGUUGACUUGAGAAAAGCAUCCUGAUUCUUAGGCAGCACUUAAUGUGUCUUGCUUUUAAAACAACUGAAACCCGCUGUCACCUACUGGAGUAAUCAUGCAAGGCAGAUUCUAAUUUGGGAUAUCCAUUGUAUCUUUUGACAACACAUUGCUCCGUCAGCCCAAUAUGUUCUUCAACUGUUUACACAGUUUGGUCUUUCCACAAUUUGGCAUCUGAUUUUCCAAAAACACUGGGACGUGCUCAAAGCUUAUUUGUUCUCAUAAAUUCAGGUUCAUUUGCAAAAAUUCCUUGCAGUAUACUGCCAGCACCAUGUUGUCGGCUUGGGGUGUGGCCAUAACCUUGAUACUGGGCUCAGUCCCACUGAAACAGGCUGGAGGCAGCUGUCCUUCAAAGUGUCUGUGUGCAUCUGAUAUCCUUAGCUGCAGCUCCCUCGGCUUGGAGCAACUGCCUGCCACACUGCCCACAACAGCUGCCACACUAGACUUUAACCACAAUCAACUAUCACAACUUGAAGAACACAGUUUUGCAGAACUGCCUCGGCUGGAUACACUACAACUGGCCCACAACCGACUUAGCAGACUGGCACGAGGGACCUUCCAAAAUGCUAGCAGCCUGAGGCACCUGGAUCUGUCAUCCAACCUCUUCUAUGUUGUGGAGCAGCAUUACUUCCAAGAGCUGGUCGGGAUGGAAGAGCUGCUUCUCUUCAACAACCGCAUCACCCAAGUGGAGAGUCGGGCAUUAGCCGGGCUUAGCAACCUGCACAAGGCCUACCUGAGUCACAACCUUCUCACAGACUUCCCCUUUUUCUCAAUACAGGAGCACAGCCACCCUUUGCUGAGCACACUGGACCUUUCUUCCAAUCGCCUGCCCAAACUACCACUAGAGGACAUCUGGGCCUUGCCUGCUGCAGUGCAGAGUGGUCUCUUUCUACAUAACAACACACUGAUCUGUGACUGCUCCAUGUACAGCCUUUUUCAUCACUGGGAGCAGCGGGGCUUUGCCUCAGCUAGGGAUUACCACCAUGAGCACACCUGUCUGUUGUAUGGAGAACGAAGAGCUUCUGUACGAUUCUUCCAGCAUAGACGCUUCUUUGAAAACUGCACCUUGCACAUACAACAGGGGUUGGUGGGCGAAAAAGACAACAGCUUGCAGGCCUAUGUCGGUGAUUCAAUCACACUUGAGUGCCAGACUUCACUGAGAGGGGAACAGAUGAGACAUGUAUGGGUUUCGCCCCAGCGGGAGUACAUUGCCCCUCCAGGCAACAAUAAUUCACUGCGCAUGCAUGCUAACGGAAGUCUGGAAAUCAUCUCAGCACAGGUCAAAGAUUCUGGGGUGUACUGGUGUAUGGCCCUGGACCACCAGCGCAAUGAGACACAAGAGGUAAAUGUGACAGUGGUAUCACGCCAUGUGGAGUAUGAGCCCUUCAAUACCGGCUUCACUACCCUCCUAGGCUGUGUGGUGAGCCUGGUGCUGGUCCUGAUGUACCUGUACCUGACACCCUGUCGUUGUUGGUGCCGUAAGCAGCCCCCUGCACCCACUACCCCCAGCCCAGCCAAUGAGUGCAGUGCGCAAUCAUCCAUCCUAACACCCACGCCCCCCGCCACCACUGAGGGACCCGGCCGUAAGCAGCAUCUCAGAAUCUCUCCCUGGACAUCCUGACCUGCUUUGAUCACCAGCACCAUCCUUCAGACUGGAUUUUGACACAGCUUGUGUAAUCUAACCCUUACUAUUGACCAUGAUGUUAUAAUAAGAUAUGUAAUAAGAAGUGUAAAUUGUAUUCUAGGAAAUCACAUUACCAUUGAUGUUAUGUUACACCUAAACCUUACAUAACCUUGGAUACCAAAUUGUUUGAAAUGAUAAGUUAUGAAAACUGAAAAGGCCAACCACCAUAAGUGACUCAAAGGACUACAAUGUUAUAUUAAGCAGGAAAAAGUUGCAAAAUUGAUGAAAACAUAAUCCAAAAAAGGAAAGAGCAAAAUAGUAGCAAGAAAUUUGGUGAACUUGGUGACACUAAUGAUGUCUGAGUUUCAAUUCUUCUCCCCCUCUCUUUAUUCUUUCCCUCUCAGGCAGACAAUGACCAAUCACUGCCCUGUCCCUGAUCUAUGGACCACCUCUUCAUCUCCACAGCAACCUGCAAGGACGGCACAGCAGACAUGACUCCCACUAACUAUGAAUACAUAUCACUCAAGAACCUCUCCGUCCACAGCAAACACAUCAUUCAGCCCCAAACCCUAUACAACAACCCUCAGCUGGACACAUGCCAUAUGAUACAAACAACUCAGUCCAUGUCAACUCAGUCAAUACUGUUGAUCACAUAACAUUUUUACUCUAUGUAUCAAUUUAGGAUACCUACUGAAAUGUCUGUAUAACAUGUAAUUUGCAUACACCAGCGCAUGUACAUAUAACAUUAUAGCUACGUAGUUUAGGGAAGGUAAAAUUAUUGAGAAGAUUGAACUACAAAAAAAAGGAGGUUAAAAGAUUUGUAACACCAGCCACUAAAUCUGUUAGGGCCCGGACACACCAACCCGAUUAUCGGCCAUCGGACGUCGUCAGACAGUCAGGCGAGGUUGGUGACUCGAGUCGGUUCGGUGUGUCCCAUGCCAUCGUCGGUCGGAGUCGAUAUUGGUGUUCAUUUUGGCCGAUUACACAUGUCCAAUCGGCCAGUGGCCGUCGGCCUCAAUGACCAAUCUGAUUGGUGGAGUGCUAAAACCCUUGACUAGCCUAAACAUGAUCUCAGAUUAGUAGGCCUAUGACAAUUAGCCCUACAUUCAGCGAUGUAAGUUAUGAACCCAUUUUGA